GGGGUGGUUACGGGUUUAACGACACGUGUGUGUAUUUACGCGAUCUAACACCAAAAAGCCUCUAUUAUGGAGAGACACCUGCUUAUUUGUGGUACUUUGAAAUUAAUUGUUUUACAUUCGUGAACCCGGAACCGAAAAGUCGCGGCGGAGUUUCAUUUCUUUUUUCCACCCGGACCGGAACCCGCCCCCCAUGCUGUGCGGACCCGGAGUGGGCGUACACUUUUUUUGGCGGGAAGUCGCGGCGUUCUUUUAAACGCGUCCGCACUGAUCACUGGUGUAAGUGUUCAGUCUUAAUUUUAAUUUCGAGCACGGAUUUUAUUCGUCUGAUUUCUUUUUUUAGACCUGACUUUUAGUCUGUAAUUUUAAAUCGUAGUGUUUUUUUUAUUUUUAUGGACAGGUACUUUGUGUACACUGUCGCGCUUUCGCCUGACGUGAGCGGCGAUGUCGAACGCCAACCAGAGGAGUUCACCGCAGCUGAGGAGUUCUACGCACACACCAAGGAAUGUUUUGUGGAGAGCGUCAACAAUAACCGAGCACGUUGCCUUUCAGAAUGCUCUCCACACACCGUUGCUCCUCCACGCUGGUAUUUUGCUGUCCAAGUUGUGGGAAAACAUUACCAGGUGUGCAGCCCCAAGUGGCUGGAGGUGGGCUCGGAGGCGGAUGGAGCCUUGGCCGAGUGUUUGUCGGCUGUGCGUUCAUAUGAGGAUGAGGUGGACAGCCAAGACAAUGGCGAGGACAGCAGGUGUCACAUUGGUGAAGCGGCCGAGUGUUUGCACCGUUUGGCAAACGAUCUCCCACCGCCAGGCCGGGCGCUGUUGGACGUCACAUGGGCCGUGUACCGCCUGCCCGCUCCUCUCGAGUUCCUCCCUCUGCUCGGAGCCCUGCGGCGCAUGACAGAGUGGCAUGCAGCACGGAUCUCCGUUUUCUCGUCGGGCACCUUCACGGUGAGCCCUGGCAUUGUGAGCUUCCUACAGGCCCGCACGUGGGAGCUGGGUGACGGCGCGUUGUGUCCAGCGGACGUUGCAAGGACCGUGGAUGUGCACAUGGUGUGGCGGGGAGAUGUACGCGUAUUCAACAACGAGGCACCCGGUUCGGACGUGAUCUUCCCAGGUGUGAAGCUGAAGACGCUGCCCAGAGAUUCUCUCUCGGAGGCCCUGGACCCACCUGGGAACUCGACAGCGGAGAAAACACCGCGGAGAAGGAACGUCAGAGGGUGGAGGAGGAACGCCGUUCCAGAGGUGCGCCUGUACUUUGGGCAGAGCCUCGACCUGGUCGGUUUGGUAGACGCAACGACCAUCCCGGCUCACCUCAUCUCGACCACUCGUCUUGAGCUUGUAGCGGAGGAUGAGACUGGUUCCGCUGUGCGAUUCCUGGAAAAGCUUUCCGCCUUAAAGGGGACGGUGGGAGCCUUGUUUCGCCUGGGCUGCACCAUCACUGGCACUGCGGCCCCACCACCCAGUGAGCGCAGCUACAGCAAGUGGAAGGAGCUGAAAGCUAAGAAGUCGGAUCACUUUUCCGUGCCUGAUGUCAAAAUCAAAGGCGAAAGCAGCAGCCGCUUCCUGUUCGUCCAGGGGGGCGGCCAAAAUGGCUGCCGCGCAACGCUGAUACGGACGGCCGACGGGAUAAACGGAGCGGCAGCAGCAACCAUCGCGCAACAGCUGAUCAGCACAAGCCACAAACUCCAUUGCACCGGUUUUGACGCCAUGGGUUUUCUGGGUCACCUGCCUGUUUACCGCGGCAGUGAACUGGUCGCCGUGGAGAUGAGUGUGGCCCAUCUGCAGAUGCUGAUGCUGCAGGAGUGGAAUGGCCGGCGUGAGAAGUGUGGUUGCGGAGCGGAGGAGGCGACGAGGAAGGCGGACGACGACCUGGCGGGCGUUUUACGCGAGUGCCGCACGCGCUGCGUGGAGCGAGCAGAGCGGGAGCUGCCCCGGGGAGCCACUGCUCUCGCCCACGUCGCCCGGCGCCCGUGCCCCUCGCUCACCCAACUGGUUGCAGCACGUCGGAGGGCAUCAACGCAGCUGGAAAUCCGGGCACUGCGGCAUCGCGAAGCAGCCGAGAGCUGGGCACAGGGUCGCAGCGCCGAGCGUCAACCGUGGGCGGCAGCCAAGGGGCCCGUCCGCGGGACCCGUCCCUCGGGCCCCUCCGGGCCCCUCUCGGCACGGGAGCUGCUGCUUCUCUUCAACAAGGACGGCACGGCCGCCGCGGGACCCACAGCCGCCACCCUGCCGGCACCCGUCCGUGGCGGUAUGAGCAGGUGGACGGAAGGGCUGACCGUGGAGAAGCUCUCAUCCAUGCCCUUCAAGGAGCUUCAGCACUGCCGGUUCCACGGGCUCGACUAUUGCCUGGACAGCAAGCGGUCACUGCAGGUCGACCGCACACUGGCUCUGCUGCAGUCACGCUACGUCCGGCACGAGACGCGAUCGCCGUGCGGCCUCGGCGGAGACAUCGCUUACUCCGUCGCCGCCACUGCUGCAUCGUCGCCAGCGCCGUCGCCUGCUCCGUCGCCGGCGCCCGGUGCCCCGGAAGCUGGCAGUAGCAGCAGCGUUCUGGACGGCGAGAGGUUGCGUAAGCGAGGCAGGGGGGCGGCUGAGCCGCCUGGAAUCGGCAGGAGCGGCAGGAUGCUGCGCUCGGAGAGUGGUGAGUCGCUCAGCUCCUGGUCGUCCCUGCGUUACAGCGCCUCCGUCGAUAGCAACAGCAGCAGUGGUGGUGGCGGCAGCAUGGCCGCCCCCGUCAAGUGCCGACCCCCAGGGCCCUCGCGGGACACGCCACCUACAGACGGCACACCGUCGCUCCCACGCCACACGGAACAGGUGCACGAUGAGAAGCAAGCGCAAGCAUCUGAGAAAGGUCAGAGGUUGCGCGACUCGAGUUCAGACGGAGCCUCCAAGAGACCCAAGGAGUCUCGCUUGCAGAAACACAACCGGAUGCUGCUUGACGUUGUCUCUCGCGCCGUCGAGGAUCACGGCAUCGCCCUCGGGCACCCGUGCUACAACGCUUGCAGCAAACGCCUCUUCCAGAUCUCAAAAUUGUACCUCAAGGAUCUGACCACGUCAAGAGGUCUACACGAAGAGAUGAUCAAGGCGGCCAAAAACAAUGUCCAGCAGGUGGUGGAGUGGGUUCUGGAGAAAAAUGCCAAAAAAUAAUGCGAUUUUCGUCUGCUACUCUGAAAAAACCCAUCAUCAAGCCAUGAAACAGCCACACCUGAAUGAAGGACUUCCCAAGCCAUCAAAAUGAAAUCCUGCCCUGCAACGUUUGACAGUCUACUUUUACAAUUGACCCUGGAGGUGUUCUGAAGCUUCUAACGUCUCCUUGAGAUGCUCCGUAGAAUGUUCAGCGUGGUUUUACGCACUCUUAUGUUUCUAAAAAGUUGGUCGCAUCUGUGCUCGCGACCUUUUAUAGAAUUAGCGAAGCACCCGUGCCGGUCUGUGGCACCCUCGUGAUAUUGUAAGUUUUACUUCUUCCGUGGUAAGUUGUGAACCAGACACCCUCAUCAAAGAUGGGGUGUGUUGCUUAUUUUUACACAGCUAGUUCCACUGUUGUUUUAACUGGCACUGUGCUACGCAACGUGGGCAAGCAGAAACGGCUUGAGAUUCCUUGUGUUAACAUUGUUUCGGUGUGAGCUUUUAACUGAAAUCUUCGAAUUUUUUUACAUGUGUUUUUAUUGUACUGCCGUUUUGCGGUAUUGUUCAAAGAAUGUUUAUCCCGCUAACUUUUGUUUCUUAAACGGACUGUUUUGCCAUAUUUAAGCUUACAUUUUGGAAAUAAAGCCGCUGAAAUAUAA